ACUGUCAUUUCAGUAAACGCCCUACUGAAGUAGCUUGCGAUCAAAAUUUGUUUUUAGCAAAAAUUUUAACAAUUUUAUUUGACAAUAAAACAUUAUUGUGAAAAUUUAACUAAAUAAUGACUGAUGUGGAGGCUAGACUUGCUGAAAUUCAGCGCACUCUAAAUAGGCUUGGGGAAAAUGUUGAGCAAUUAUCUCAAACUCAGAAGUUUCGGGUUAGUUACCAUGCUUAGCUUAUGGUUUCUUGUUUUUUAGAUUAUUCAGAUUUUAUUAUUUAUUUUCGAAAGCAUCGUAUCGUUUUCAAAAUCAUUGUAUACAACGACAUUGAAAUAGUCACACCUGUACCUUGUGUAGUAUAGUAUAUUGUGUGACACUUUGCCUAAACAUCCAACUUUGAAUCAAAAUGCCUAGAUGAAUAUGUUUGAAAGCCGUGAUAGGUGAACCGGAUAUCUAUGAACGGUUUUGCAAUAUUCAUUGUUCAUUGUUAGUACGGAUGUUUCUUAUGCACUAUAAUCAAUAUAUUAUUCUCUUUAUAGUUCAUACUUCCUGUUAUUGUUGACUAAAUAUUAUUGAAGAAUUGGACCAGAUAUUGGCCCUUUACUGUAAAAAAAAGAUGUUUUUUACGAUUUAAAAUUUGAUGUUCACACUGCUGAUUAAUAUUAAAUUUAUUUUAAUACUUUAUCAGGUGGCUGAGUCAAACACUGCGAAGGGAAAUGUUUUUAGUUUUGGUGAUGAUGAAAAUGAAGAAAGAGGAAACUGGACUGGUAGGCUGGAUUUCUUGCUGUCAUGUCUUGGUUAUGCUGUAGGUUUGGGGAAUGUUUGGAGGUUUCCUUAUUUAUGCUAUAAAAACGGAGGAGCCGUAUUUUUUGUCCCUUACGUCAUUAUGUUAGCUUUUGUUGGUAUGCCAGUUUUUAUGUUCGAACUCUCCAUUGGUCAAUUUACCAGUUCUGGAGCUUUAACUUGCUGGAAAUUUGCUCCAUUAUUCAAAGGCGUAGGAGUCGGGAUGGUAAUCGUUUCUGGAAUGGUAGGAGUUUACUAUAACAUGAUAAUCGGAUGGUCUAUUUGGUACCUUAUUUCAUCCUUUAUAAAUGUAAAGGAUUUGGAAUGGAGUGACUGUGAUAAAAAAUGGAAUAAUCCAAAUUGCACAGGGUUAAUGAAUAAGGACGCGGCACUAAUGUGCAAUUCAUCAAUAAAGGAUGAAGGCUUUGAUAAUAUUUCCAGAGGGCCGGAUGGUUGGUGUUAUGUUUCAAGAAAUCUAACUUUCGGAAAUUUCAGAGAUACGUUUCAUAAUGUUCCAAUAGGAAUUUACGAUAAAGACCUACACAAAGCUCUAAAAACAAAUCACGAGAAUCAUACGAAAAUGGAACUACCAACAGAGCAAUAUCUAUACAACUACAUGCUUAAAAGAAAUGAUUUUGAAAAUGGAAAGUUAGUUACAGAGUAUAACAUGGAUAAUUUUGGAUCCGUCCAGUGGGACUUAACUUUGGCUUACAUUGCUGCAUGGAUUAUUGUGUUUUUGUCUUUGUGUAAAGGAGUAAAAUCUUCUGGAAAAGUUGUUUAUUUCACAGCUCUCUUCCCGUAUGUUGUCCUUAUAAUUCUUUUUGUAAGAGGAAUUAUUUUGGAUGGUUCGAAAGAUGGCAUAGAUUUUUAUCUUAUAAACGUGGACACUAGUAAAUUAGAGGAUUCAGUUGUUUGGAAGGAUGCUGCAGUUCAAAUCUUUUUUUCGUUGUCGGCUGCCUGGGGUGGUCUAAUAUGCUUGUCUAGUUACAAUCGAUUUCAUAAUGAUUGUUUGAGAGAUACAUUAAUUGUUUCGAUAGGAAACUGCUUGACAUCUUUCUUUGCUGGUUUCGUGAUAUUUUCUUUUAUAGGCUUUCUUGCACGUGAAACGGAACAAGAAGUCGAAGACGUUGCUACGAGUGGUAUUGGUUUAGCCUUUACAGUUUAUACAUACGCUGUCACCCUUAUGCCUGUUGAAGGACUUUGGGCUGUUCUUUUUUUCUUGAUGUUAAUAACUCUAGGGCUAGAUUCUGAAUUCGCUCUUGUUGAGACAGUAACCACGUCAAUCAUCGAUCAAUGGGAGAGCUCAUUGAGACCUAAAAAAAGUUUGGUUAUUUUUAUUACUUGUGUUGUCUUUUUUCUGCUUGGAUUACCAAUGUGCUGUAACGCUGGAGGUCAUAUGCUUCAAUUGGUGGAUACUUUCGCUGGUGGAUGGAAUGUUAUGUUAAUAGCCUUGUGCGAAUGCCUUGGAAUUAUAUAUGUCUAUGGUGGAUUUAGAUUUUGUAAGGAUAUUAAAAUAAUGAUUGGUCAAAGUGGAUGCUGUGGUGCUUUACCUUGGGAAUGCUGUAAAUUUUGGUGGCUGUUGAACUGGGCAAUUCUAACACCUAUUGGUGUUUUGUUUAUUAUGAUAUUUUCUUGGGUUAAGUACGAAAGAGCAACAUGGGAUAGCUAUGUAUACCCUGAUUGGGCACAAGCAUUAGGCUGGCUCAUGACUUUAGCUGUGGUGGCUGGAAUAGUUAUUACACCGAUUUUCCUAGCUAUAUUAGCAAUUAGAGAAGGAAAAAGCUUGAAGUCUUUGAUAACGCCUACACGCGAUUGGGGCCCAGCCCUUUCGCAGCAUAGGCGACUUGUUGACUACGUAGAUGAUUUUGUUAUUGAUCCAAAAUCUGAUGGAGAGCUAGAUUUGCAUGAUGUUAAGGUUAAUGUUGUUAGCAAUGAUAAAUCAGCCAAAACAAAAGCCAAUCGCAAUAAUAACAUACUUCAGAUUGCUUCUUUCAGCUCUGGAACAAAUUUUUAAUUUUCUUACUUUUCAUAGUUUGUAAAUUUUAAUUACUCUUUCCUUUUUACUAAUAUAUCGUGCCCUCUUUUAUUCAUAUGAUGACUGUGCGCUUUGAAGUCAGAGCUAGAAAUAUUUUUCAAAAACUUUCAAACAAAACAAAGUUAUUUGAUUCACGUUUAAUGAAUACUUCAUGAAAUAAAAACAAUCUUUUUGCCUGGAAGUAGCCUUUAUCAAUAAUACCUUUUAAAAAUAAAAGACCGUCACAAUAUAUGAUUCCUAAUUUAAAUUUUUUUCUUUGUAGAUUGGAAUGCAAGGGAAGACAAAUAAGGGGUAUGAAUAAUUGUUAUGUACAACUACUAUAUUUUCAGUUUCGACUUAAAAAUUUUUAUUUACUACUUGCCUAACAUAAUCGCUAAAGACCCGCAUCUAAAUGAAAUAAGAUUAAAAUGAUUAUAUUCAUCAAUGAGUUUGAUAUUCUGUAAUUAGAUUUAGAUGUACAAAUUUUAUAAAUAUAGUAACUUUUUGCACUUUUGUUUUUAUUCAAACAAAUACAUUCAAAUUUAAAAAAGUA